CGCUCCAUGGACAAAGCAUUGUGCUGGGAACAGGGGAGUCACGCAUGAAAAUGAAAUUUGUGCCUGGUGCCCAUGAACGGAGAUAAAGGAUGGCAAAAACGUCAGACCGUGGAGGAAAAGCUGGGAACGGAGGCAUCCCGCAUGGGACAAAGGAUAAGAGCUUUUCACUCCUCUUUGGCCAAGAAUACUGCCGGUCCUGCCCUCCCCUUCCAUCUACAAACUGCCAUCUUUUGUGGCCCAGAUUUGGGUGAGGGUCUUUUUCGUCCCUUGUCCCCUGUCUCAGAAACGGAAAAGACUCUCACCUGCAUCUUGGGUUCGGUUUCAGGCUCUCGCCUUCAGUUAUAAAAAUGUACAGAGAGCAUUAGCGAAUCUCAGCCAAAGCUAUAAACUACGACUGGCCACAAGAGUGUGCACGUGAGGUGACUGUAAUUUUUUUCUGCCAAACCAGAAUUAGCCGGUACAGGAAUGAAGGAGCCUGGAGAUUUGAAAUUGCACUGACUGGGAGGGAGCUCAGGUUAGGUUCGGGCCACCUCCAAACGGACCCUUUUUAAAGACACGCGUACUGAGGCCUGGAGCUCAAAGCUGCACCGGACGCUCACCUGGCCCGGCAUCAAGCGGCGGGGGAGCCCGGAGCCCGGAGCCCGGAGCCCGGAUCGAGAGCACAGAGCAGGGCAGAACGCCGAGCAGCAGGCACCGGCAAAUCCAGGAUGAUAGGCGACAUUGCAACAAAUCUCUACGGCCAGCCGCUCAGGGGACUCCGAGGAAAACAGCAAGUUCAGGGAUCCCGGCCAGGAGCCCAGUGAGACCGCAGCCCCCGAACGCCUUGUGCGAAAAUCUUGGAAAAUGUAUACAAGCCAUGAAGAUAUCGGGUAUGAUUUUGAAGAUGACCCCAAAGAUAAGAAGACACUUAAACCCCACCCAAACAUUGACGGCGGAUGGGCUUGGAUGAUGGUCCUGUCCUCUUUCUUUGUGCACAUCCUCAUCAUGGGCUCCCAGAUGGCCCUGGGGGUCCUCAACGUGGAAUGGCUCGAGGAGUUCCACCAGAGCCGCGGUCUGACUGCGUGGGUCAGCUCCCUCAGCAUGGGCAUCACCUUGAUCGUGGGGCCUUUCAUCGGCUUGUUCAUCAACACCUGCGGCUGCCGCCGGACGGCGAUCAUCGGGGGGCUGGUGAACUCGCUCGGCUGGGUGUUGAGUGCCUACGCUGCGAACGUUCAUUACCUCUUUAUUACCUUCGGGGUGACAGCUGGCUUUGGCAGCGGGAUGGCCUACCUGCCGGCCGUGGUCAUGGUGGGCAGGUACUUCCAGAAGCGGCGCGCCCUUGCGCAGGGCCUCAGCACCACCGGGACGGGCUUCGGCACCUUCCUCAUGACGGUCUUGCUCAAGUACCUGUGCGCGGAGUAUGGCUGGCGGAACGCAAUGAUCAUCCAAGGCGCCGUCUCCUUAAACCUGUGUGUUUGUGGGGCGCUCAUGAGGCCCCUGUCCCCUGGGAAGGACGCAAAGGACCCAGCGGGGCGAGAUCCGCAAAUCCUCGCCGCUCACUCCGCUGAAUCUGUCCAGACCGGUGGACAGCGGGGCAGGGCGGAUGAGAAGGAGGGCAACCCCGGGCCCGAGGAGCCCCUCAGCGAGCCCGCAGGCCAGGGGUGCCCGGAGGAGGCGGGGCACGGGAAGAACAUGUGCGCCCUCAGGGUGCUGAAGGCCGUGAGCCAGCUGACCCUGAGGGUGCGGAAGGGCUUCCGGGACUGGUACUCCGGCUAUUUCGGGGCCGCCUCGCUCUUCACUAACAGAGUAUUUGUAGCCUUUAUUUUCUGGGCGUUGUUUGCAUACAGCAGCUUUGUCAUCCCUUUCAUUCACCUCCCAGAGAUCGUCAACUUGUAUAACUUAUCCGAGCAAAACGACGUUUUCCCUCUGACUUCAAUUAUAGCAAUAGUGCACAUCUUUGGCAAAGUGAUCCUGGGCAUUGUGGCGGACUCCCCUUGCAUCAGCGUCUGGAACGUCUUUCUGAUGGCCAACUUCACCCUCGUGCUCAGUAUUUUCAUCCUGCCGCUGAUGCACACCUACGCCGGCCUGGCGGUGGUCUGCGCGCUGAUAGGCUUUUCCAGCGGCUACUUCUCCCUCAUGCCCGUGGUGACUGAAGACUUGGUGGGGAUCGAGCACCUCGCCAACGCCUACGGCAUCAUCAUCUGCGCGAACGGCAUCUCUGCGUUGCUGGGGCCACCAUUUGCAGGUUGGAUCUACGACAUCACACAAAAAUAUGAUUUUUCCUUCUAUGUAUGCGGCUUACUUUACCUGGUAGGAAUAUUGUUUUUACUCAUUCAACCGUGUAUUCAAAUUAUAGAGCAAUCCAGGAAGAAGGCCAUGGGCGGUGCCCAUGUGUAGAGUCCCAUUACGUUGCACGUGAGAUUUCUUCGUGGUUCUCAUGCCUACCUCACCUGGUCGCUGUGAGGGGCCGACAGCGAAUCGUGGGAAAGUGCUUUGUACAGUAACCAGCACUGUCACUUGUAAAGCCGUUGUCAUUGCUUCACUCGAGAGCAGCAUUGCCUUCUUCCUCUUGGGGAGAAGCAAUGCUGACUAAUAGUGUUCAGGACGUCCCACGUUUUGAAGAUGACAGUGUCCUCCAAAGACAGCCUAGUGAUAAUUGGUAGAAACGCCCUUAUGAAAACUCUCCUCUCUCAUCAUCCGCUGGGGCUAGGGUGUUAGAUACAGCUCUUCGAAACAAGGACAAGGAAUAACAGAUUUUCAGUUCAACCCUAGGCAGACCUCAUUUUUUUGUGCUUCACUUGAUUGCUCUUCAUGGAUGCUGUAUUUCAUACAAGUUGCAGGCAAAACCCUCAGCCAGCCAAAAGAUGACAGCUCGCUUUACUGAGAUCCUUGCUUUGCUGCAGUGGUCUGGAACUGAACUUGCGCUAUCUCUGAGGUGUGCCUGUACUUUGUAAAGUGAAAGUCAAGUGUCCAAACACUUCUGGAAAGCUCACGGAUAAAUGGGUGUUAAGCACAAGAGUAUGACUAAACCUCAGAAGUUAAUUGUUACUGGGAGCUCUUGAUCUCCCACUGUAAAAUAAACACGGGCUCUGAUUUCAAAGGUAAUACACGUAGUACAAUUAAAGAAAAAAUUAUAUUUUUAUGAAAGAAUUCUGCAGCUAAGGAGUACAGUUUCUCAGUAUUCCUCUAAGAAAAGCAUUUGCCAUCAACCCUGAUUCAAUAGUCUCCAGUGACACACAGAAUCUUAAGACCCAACCUAAAUAACAGUUUCCUUAGUGAAAGUUGUAUUUGUCCUCACAGCAAUCAAGGGCUAUAAUUCAAGCACUUUUAUUCAUGUCCUUGGCCUCUUCGUUUAUGAGCACAAUCCGGGGCCCAUAAAUUUUUUUUUCCCUGAGUUUCUCAUGCCCGGUAAAUAAAAUAGAGAACUGAUUGCAGGUCGACAUGACGCUGGUGGUUAAAUCAUUUGUGAAGUGUGUUACAAAUCCAGGACAUAAGACUAUGAGGUUGUGAGGGAAAUGAUGGAAUGGCCUUGGCCUUGGCCUAGGCACCUGGCACCUGGCAUUGGAGAAGGGUAGCAAACAGCCCCUGUCCCGGGCCCAAGCUCUGCACAGUUUUAAAAAUAGUCUCUUGAUCACAGAAGAUAACUGUGAUCAAUGACAUCAAAUAAUGCUCUUCCUUUAUCUGAGAUCUCUAUUUUUCUAAGCCAAACAUUUUUCAGACUGCAGAAUGUCCUUCCCAGAAUCAUUUUGAAAUUUCUGGCUGCCUUACUUGUUUACACAUAUUUUAGAACUGUUUAAAUUUCUACUCACAAUUCGCUCAUCACCCACAAAACUCCUUUACCAGUGUCUUGGGUCAAAUUUAUCUCAAGUGAGUACAGACCAUUCUGUUAUCCUUGGUAGCUGGAUGCAGGAAUGGUACGAGUGAUUAGAAUCACAGAACGUUAGUUACCCCAGGCCUAAUUUUAGCCAAUGGGUUCAGUCUUGACUCCAUAAAACCCUUGAGAGCUGUUAACAAGUGAUUACAUAGACAUGUUUCCUUUUUGUCUCAUCUUCCUUUUUUCCUGCCCCCAUGCAUAGUAGGUGGGGUUGUGUAAUGAGAGGGACCCUGAAAAUAACAGUAAUAAUAAAAGGCAGCUAAUGGAAAAGAGAACAAGAGCAUGGCUAAUCUCCACACUCGAUAUUACCUCCCAUGGUUUGAGAAUCGCCUGCAAAUGAGUACAGAUAAUAAACUGCAUGGCACACUCCAUUCGGUUCAACACAGUGACCCAUCUGGUACCAUCACAGCUUUGGCUGCUAUUGAAGAGCCCAGCUCUCUAUUUUGAUAAAAGUAAUCUUAAAGCCUAAGGCGAUGUUCUAUCCUUCUCUCUGUAUUUACCAUGAAAUUAGGACGAUAAGGUGGAAAAACAUGUGUAUUUUAAAACUGACUACAGGACUUCAUUGCUUUCAUCUUCUGACAACACCAAAUUAACAAGAGGCAGUGUGCGAGAUUCUGAAUGGUGCUAUCGCCAAUGCUCGCACUGCUGGUUAUGCAAUCACCAACACCGACCUUCUAUCCAAGGACCCGGCUUUAGUGUUAGGUCCAAGUUCAACAUGCUCACGUUCAGCUUACGCAGUUGUUUGUUGACUGAUUGUAUUCACGGAAGUGGCGGUUUCUACAUCAGAAGUUCCCAUUUCACAAACAUAGAGUAAAAUCUGCCUGCAAUAUUCAUGUCGACAACAGAAUAAAAGAGAAUGCUAUAAAGAAUUACAGCACACAUAUUAAUAGUUCCUGUUUAAAAUGUUAUGACUCUGAAGAUAUUAUAAAAGGUUCAUUGUAUAUUUAUGUUAUGUGCUUUGUAGUUUUCCCCUCAUGUAUCCAAGUAAUUUUUACUUACAACUAAAUAAAUUUUGUCCUGUUUGAA